UAGUAGUAGUAACACCUAAUUGGCCCCGACCCGACACAAGGUGCGGCCCAUAUCGUAGCAUUUAUAAAGUUAGAAACGAUUAGGGUUUUUCAGGAAAAUUUCCGCCAUCUCAGUACCCCUUACAGCUUUCAACUUGCCGCCGAAGCGCCAUGGCUUCAGAGAAGAAAUUGAGUAACCCCAUGAGGGAUAUUAAGGUCCAGAAGCUUGUCCUCAACAUCUCCGUUGGUGAGAGUGGAGAUCGACUUACCAGAGCGGCAAAAGUUUUGGAGCAGCUUAGUGGCCAAUCCCCUGUUUUUUCCAAGGCAAGGUAUACUGUGCGGUCCUUUGGAAUCAGGCGUAAUGAAAAGAUAGCCUGCUAUGUGACUGUCAGAGGGGAGAAAGCAAUGCAGCUACUUGAGAGUGGAUUGAAAGUUAAGGAAUAUGAGUUGUUGAGAAGGAACUUCAGUGAGACCGGCUGCUUUGGGUUUGGUAUUCAGGAGCACAUUGAUCUUGGAAUUAAAUAUGAUCCUUCAACUGGUAUCUAUGGAAUGGAUUUCUAUGUGGUAUUGGAGCGCCCUGGAUAUCGUGUUGCUCGUCGUCGCAGGUGCAAGUCUCGAGUUGGGAUUCAGCACAGGGUUACUAAGGAUGACGCAAUGAAGUGGUUCCAGGUCAAAUAUGAAGGUGUUAUCCUUAACAAGUCCUCAAACAUUUAGUGAUAAGCUCAGAGCCAACUUCUGGAUCAGCUUGUCUCCUGGCAAGUUUAUUUAUGUAUUAUUGUAGACAGCAUCUAUAUCACUUAAAGGAAUAUUUUGGAGAGUUUGUAGUUGUUGGCGAAUCAGUAUGUUUUAGUUCUCCCUUUGGCUAUCAGAUGAAUUCAAAUCUUUUUUUUCGUCCUUUUCUUUUGUUGCAUUGAGUAGAAUCAUUCGACUACACAAUCUAGUACAAGAGACACUUCGGGUACCUGAUUGGUUUGCUAUUGUAGUAAUGAAUUGGUGCACUGUUUAAGCGUUUCUAUAAAAUCUGGCGUUUGGCAUGGAAUGCA